AUGAGAAAAGAAGAAGAUGAGAAACAUAGUUUCUAUGAAGACUUCAAGAGGAGCAUCAGUUACCUAGACGACUGGGGGGAGAGAAUCUAUUCAGCCAACAAUAACUACAACAACUACUUCAACUCUAUGAAGGCCCUGGAUGUUUUUAAACUAGUUCUGAGAUUCCUGAAGGACGAUGCUCUGAAAACCAUCAAAGUUCAUCCAGAAGGUGGAAAGUUCACAGCCUCUAACUUCACCUGGGUGUUGAAUGUUCCUGCCGUCUGGAAUGAUUCACAUGAAGGGUUGAUGGUAGAAGCUGCUAUUCAGGCUGGUCUUGUAACAGAAGACACUAAAGACAAACUGAUGUUGGUUCUGGAACCAGAAGCAGCUUUGACCUGGUGUUUGAAGCUUCCAUCUGAUGGUUUCUUCACACAGAACCACAGCAGAGACUCACAGGAUCCAUCUCCAGGACCAACAGAUGCUGGUACCAGCUGUAAUGAUCCACCAGGAAGUCAGGUGGCAGUACACUUUGAGAAGGAACCAGAAGAAACCAAAGUCCUGCUGGAGACCCAAAACAGAGACGGAAAACGGUACCUUGUUGUGGACUGUGGAGAUGAAACUAUUGACUUCACUGUUCUUGAAGUCCUGGAAGGAGGAACCUUGAAGAAGCUGCAGGAGGCCUCUAGAGACAUUCUGGGAGGACGAACUAUGGACAGAAAGUUCAAACAGUUCCUGGAAGAAAUUUUCUCUGAUGGAGUCUGGAAAGAAUAUGAAGAAACCUUCUCCAAUGAGGUUCAGAAAAUGAUGUAUGAUUUUAUCCGUCUCAAACAGGUGGAUGAAGAUGUUCAGAUCAGCUGCUCAGAUAACCUGAGAGAACAGGCUCAGAAAAAGAAAGAGAUUGAAACGUUCUUUGACUCGGUGGAAGGAGCUUCCUGGGAUGAAGGAGUCAUCAGAAUCACCAGAGAGAAACUGAGAUCUUUCUUUGAUGAGAGUCUGCAGGACAUCACCAAGAGUCUCAGAGAAGAAUUACAGAAAGAUCUCAACAUUGGGUCUAUUGUGUUAGUGGGGGGCUUUGCUGAGAGCCAGAUACUACGUCAGCACAUCACUGAUCAGUUUGGACCUCGGUAUAAAGUUCUGUGUCCUCUUAGACCCCAGGAAGCCGUCCUGAAAGGAGCUGUAGAGCUGGGAAGAAACCCAAAGUUGGUGUCGUCUCAGAAAAAAGGUCCAGCUUGCUUGAAUUGGUUUUCAUGAGAUUUAUUUUAGCAGCAACUGUUACUAAUAAUAAAAUAAUAGUGAUGAUGAUGGUGAUUUCUAAUCCCAGAUAUUUGUCUUUAUUUUUAAUUAACUGAUGGAAAUAAGAGUUUAAAUUCUUAAUGAAUUAAUAAUGAGGUUCUGACAAUGAUCCAAACUGUAGAUCUUCUCUGUAAAUGAGGUUAAAAUGUGUCAACAUGUAGUUUUAGUUCCUGAUUUCUGGUUCUGCAGAUGAAAUAUUUUGAUGUGAAGUUCUGUGGUUUAUAAUAUAGAGUUCACUCUGUGGUAAAUCAGUGAAUUCUUGUUUAAAUAACUGAUAAUUAGUAUAAAUAACUUUAUUGACAGACAUGCUGGUCUAAUUAUUAACAAUAAAUGAAAGAGAAACGGAUCAAAUAACCUCUGACCCAGUAUCUCUACUGCAGUGAUGUGUUUUAUGAAUGAAUGUUGGUGAGGUCACGACCUUUCAUCUCAUUAACAGCAAUAUAAAUAUAUAAUCAGU